UGGGACUGAUUUUCCGACCACCGGAGCUUUUUCUCGUAAGUGGUAGUUUUUUGAGUUCCUGUUUUUUUCACCCUCUAAUCCUUCUUCCUUUUCCAUUUUGUUUUAGCUUUAUAAAUUUUAUAAUUUUUUUUACGUAUUUUUUUUUAUUGUGGUAUGAAUUCCAAAUAUCCAUACCUGGUAGUGGUCUAUAUUUACUCCUCAACACCCAAGUUCACAACUUCACAAGUGUAUUUCUUCUCUACCCAAAAGUCCCAAACCUCUUUCCUCAAAAAAAAAAAAAAAAAAAAAAAAGUCCCAAACCCCUUCCAUCGGCUCAAAACCUCCCCAGUCCCCAUUAGCCAAAUAAAUUAAUCAUGUCGAACCAUUACUGGGAAUUUGACAUGGGAAACUUGGACCUUAACAAGCUGUAUUUGGUCUCAGCUUUUCUUGCUAUGGAACCAUCCGAUUCUUUGAUUUCUUUAGCAAGGAAAUGUGGGGGUGGCUUGAUUUCAGAGGAUGUGCAACAAUUCGUUUGGGAUUAUUGCAUCAACAAACUUGAUGAGAACCUUCAUGUGCCUUAUUUGAAACUAUUUCUGAAGAAGCUCAUUAAAGAAAUUGAAUUAACUGGCGGCAAUGUGUUGGAUGAAUUUUAUGAACGUUAUGCUCACUACAUGGUUUCUUUGAAGGAAGACACAUCAGGGAACGAAAAAGCGUGGAUUGUGAAAUGCAUAUCAUUUAUUUUUCAUGACAUUCCUAGUUACCCCGGUGAAAUGCAGAUGGUUGUGCCAUUACAAUGUUCUCUUAACAUGCUUCAAGGGGACACUGGGUGUGCUCUUUGGCCUUCUAGUCUUUUUCUGUCAGAGUUUAUUCUUUCAUUCCCUGAAGUUUUUACGGGGAAAUCAUGUUUUGAGGUUGGUUCAGGUGUAGGUCUGCUUGGUGUCUGCCUUAAGCAUGUUAAAGCCUCUCAGGUUAUCUUGUCUGACGGUGAUGCAUCAAGUUUAGCAAAUUUGAAGAUUAACUUGGAAUUGAAUAAGAUUGAAGAUCCAGAAGCUUCUUUAGCCAAAAGUACAGGUAGCUCAUAUAUGGUGCAAUGCAUACAUUUGCCUUGGGAAUCUGCAAAAGAGAGUGAACUUCAGCAAAUCAAGUCUGAUAUUAUUUUGGGAGCUGAUGUAAUCUAUGAUCCAUCAUGCCUCCCACAUCUUGUUCGGGUGCUAUCCAUUUUUCUAAAUCGAAGAAAAAACAGUGACAGCAAAUUGAAUGGUAGUCCUCGUGUAGAUAAUAAAGAAGAAGAUCAAAUGGAUAUUGGUCCCGUGGCCAUUAUUGCCUCGGUGAUACGAAACAUUGAUACUUUCAAUUGUUUUCUGAACCUAUGCUGUCAAAGUAAUCUUCUUGUUAGGGAUAUAACCAAAUCUAUUAGGCCAUAUAAUUUGCUACCGUACAUGGAAUCAUAUAAGAGAUCAGAUGUACACUUGCUGGUGCUAUCCUAUAUAAGCUAGUAAAGUAGUGAAAUGGAGGUGAUUCAUUCAUGGUCUGCUCCUCGAUCUCUCAGCACAAGUCUCAUGUACUCCUUCGCUCAACGGGAUGAUAUUGACGUGCUUGAUGAACCCCUUUAUGCGAACUUUCUUCAAGUUACUGGUGCAAAGCGGCGUUACCGAGAGGAGGUUUUGUCAAACAUGGAAUCUGAUGUGGAGAAGGUUGUGAAUGAGAUCAUCUAUGCUCCUGGAAAUAAAAAGUAUCGCUUUUGUAAGCACAUGUCUAAACAACGGCUACCUGGCUUGCCAGAUGGUUUGAUGAAGAAAGGAAAGCACUUCAUAUUGAUAAGAAAUCCAAUGGAUGUUCUGUCAUCCUUUGACAAGGUUGUGCCCCCAACUUUUCUCGAGGUUGGUUUAGCUGCUCUUGUCACCAUAUACAGUGAGCUCUGUGAUCUAGGAAAUCCGCCUGCUGUCAUUGAUGCUGGAGAUCUUCAACGAGAUCCAGAGGAAGCUUUACGUGGUCUAUGCCAGGACCUGAAUAUUCCUUUUCAGCCUGCAAUGCUCAAAUGGAAUGCUGGUCCAAAGAACAUAGACGGUGUCUGGGCUCCAUGGUGGUAUGAAAGUGUGCAUAAAUCAACUGGUUUCAAAACAGAACGCAGAUAUCCCAAGACAUUCCCUUCUUCUCUUUAUGACUUGCUGGAACAAUGUCUACCCUUCUACAACUUUCUCAAGCGUCGUCUUAAGCGGUCACAUCCCCUUCUUAGCUCACCCUUGCCCCCUCCAAGUCUUCCUGUUCCAGCGAAUGAAAAUUUACUUGCAUGGGUUGGUGAUGAGAUUCUACCUCGUGAUAGUGCGAAGGUUUCAGUUCUAGACUCAGUGGUACAAGGAGGUGAUUCUGUUUGGGAAGGACUCCGCAUAUACAAAGGAAAAAUUUUUAAGCUUGAGGAGCAUUUGGAUAGACUGUUUGACUCAGCAAAAGCCCUGGCUUUCAGCAAUGUUCCAACACGUGAAGAGGUCAAGCAAGCUAUCUUCACCACCCUUAUUAGGAAUGGCAUGUUUGAUAAUUCUCAUAUACGGCUUAGUUUAACUCGCGGCAAGAAGGUAACUUCUGGAAUGAGUCCUGCUUUCAAUCUUUAUGGCUGCACCUUAAUAGUUCUUGCGGAAUGGAAGCCACCUGUCUAUGAUAACACCAAGGGUGUAGUUUUGGUUACUGCUACAAUCCGCCGCAAUUCUCCAAAUAAUUUGGAUUCAAAGAUCCACCACAACAACCUGCUGAACAACAUACUUGCAAAGGUAGAAGGGAACAAUGCAAAUGCUGAUGAUGCCAUAAUGCUCGACAAAGAUGGAUAUGUUUCUGAAACAAAUGCAACGAAUAUUUUCAUGGUGAAAAAAGGCAAAGUCUUGACACCCCAUGCGGACUACUGUCUUCCUGGAAUAACUCGAGCUACUGUCAUGGACCUUGUGGUGAAGGAAGGUUUUGUCUUAGAGGAGCGACGACUUAGUCUCUCAGAAUUUCAUACUGCAGAUGAGGUGUGGACUACUGGAACUAUGGGUGAACUUAGUCCUGUUGUGAAGAUUGAUGGGCGUUCGAUUGGAGAGGGGCAGGUAGGACCUGUGACACGAAGGUUGCAGAAUGUAUACCAAAAACUGACAGAAGAGACCGGGGUGCCUAUCCCCACCUAAUAAUGAUUACUUCUGUCAAAAGGAAUUGAAGCUUGAAGAUGAAUAUGAUUCUCUUCUGAGCAAAGGUCAGAUUCGCAUUUAAAUGGCAAAUGAAGUAUGAAGCUGCACAAAAAUAAACAAGAUCAUCAAGGUUGGAUCUAUCCUGUUUGCCCAUGUUUAUAAACUCAGUUAAAUUGUAUUAUAACAGAUGCUAAUCAAAUAAGAGCUAUCUUGUUUGCCCAUGUUUAUAAACUCAGUUAUUGUAUUAUAAGAUUUAUAACAGAUGCUAAUCAAAUAAGAGCCGCGUCGAUUUGAAGGUGUAACCUUGUUAUAAAGCUUAUAAUGUUAUUUAAUUUAAUCAAGUAGCUUGUUCAGUUGUUCCCUUUGUGGCAUCAACACUGUAAAUAGAACAAUGCACCAGUCCUGAAUCCUGAUAUCUUCAUUCUUAAUAAAAUGCUUCAGCACUCAGUAUCCAGCCUUUUAAA